ACGCAACAUAUAAAGUGCCAAAGAAUUGACGAUGUAUUGUUGAAAUGGACGCCCUCACUUGGAAAUUCCCCAAUCCUUCCAUUCGCCUCAUGCCCAGGAGACGAUGUAGGAAAACGCCAGUGUUCUCUCCAGGACAGAGCGACUCGUCGGAUCGCCGGCUCCACCAUAGCCCAUCCGGGAUACUUUUCGGCCAGCAUGGCUUCUGGGAUCGAUGCGGAAGUGACCGUCACCAACCACACAGCGCUCUGUCGUCUCGCUUUUCCUGCGAACACAACAAGUCCUUUGUUCCUUGCUGAGCUGACGGAUCUACCCAAGACACGAAUAAGUGCUUCGAUUCGGACCGACGACAGCACUGGACGAAUCUCGGGUAGUGGGACAUUUCGCCCUAGCUUCGGCGCAGGUUCGUACAAGCUAUACUUCUGUGCCGAUUUCUCCGGUGCCAGCAUUCGGGACACCGGGCUGUGGAUUGAUGGUUCUUCGACUCUCGGGGCGUGGACUCGUUUUGAGUCGCUGCCUGAAAAUGGCGAGAUCUCUGCUCGUGUCGGCGUGUCCUUCAUCAGCGUUGGCCAAGCUUGUGGCAACGCCGAGAAGGGAAAUCCCAAACUCCGAUUUCGACACGACUCAUGAAGCAGCCGUAACC